CGAUUUUUGGUUGCUUCCUCAAACUGCGUUUUGUUUUCGGUCACUCUCAACAUCUUCUUUCUUAGCAGUGUUAAAUACGCCAUGCAUCGGACGUCCAGCUUCGCGCUGGCGCUGGGCUGCGUUAUACUAUCGAUCAAAUAUGGCAUUGCCUUCCCAACGUAUGAAGCCAGUCCCGUAUCGAACGUUCCACUCUACACGGAUGGAAUCUACUUUGAAGAACUGAAAACGAUUAAAGUGCAGGUAAGCUCAUGGACACUGCGAGCUGAUUAUGAUAUUGCGUUGUUCAUAGAGGAAAUCGCCACGGCCAACAAUACCGUGGCUAAUCUGUUGAGUGCCUGUGCAGAGAUGCGAGAAAAGCGUAUAGGGAACUGCGAUGGAAUUAACAACAUUCUCGGACUGACAAAGGAGCUGAAUGACUUUAGCGUGCUACUGGCAAGUUUUUGUGAAGACAGUAAGUCCACAUCGGGAAGAAUGAAGCGAGGCAUUUUCCGUUCCUGGUUCGGGCUGAUGGACGAUGAAGAUAGAAGCGAUAUUCGUGACAAUUUCGCUAAGGUGAAUCAUCAGCUCACCAUUGAGUCAUCCUCGCUCAAGAUGUUCUACAACACCACGAACGAGGCAUUGGCCGUACUGUCAGGAAACACCUUCCAGGUCGAUCCAAAGCGGCCGCAUACGAUCGAUUUCACGCGCGAGGGUCAACUGCUAUUAAUGGACAUUCUGCUAAACAAAAUUAUAGCCAAGAAGAAGUUGUUCAUGGAACUGUUACAAACCACAACCUCGAUGGGAUUGAGCGAUAGCAUCAUCUCUCCGACGCAGCUGCUCGCUGAGUUGCAGAAGGUGCAAAAGUUACUUCCGGAGGAGUUCAUCUUUCCCAUCGAGUUGAAGCUUCGCGAGAUGCUCAAGCUGUACCCGUUGUCGAAGGUGAUCGCUAAUGUUGAUGGGUGCCGGGUGGUGGUCAACAUAAUGAUACCGCUAUGCAAUCGUUUACUGUACACUACGCUAAAGGGAACGAGCGUACCAAUGCUUUCCGAGGGUGUCAUGAAAAUGUACCUGUUGGAGCGAGACAUUAUGGCGUUCAAUAAGACUUCUCACACCGGAAUGGUAAUGACUUUCGAUGAGUACAAACAGUGCACCCAUCUGACGGACUUUACGCUCUGCAAUGCUCACCAUCUGAUGCGCAACCUUUCCACCACCGACGAUUGUAUCGUAGCGACGUACUUCAACGCCACGGAACGUGACUCGGACUGUCGUCUGUCGCGGGUGCAGCUGCGCAACCAGCUGUGGGUACAGUUGGCCAACCCGAACGUAUGGAUUUAUGUUAUGCCGAACUUUACCGUCGUCACCGUACAGUACGCCUCCAACCGGCAGAAGGUCCUUACCUUGCACGGUGUCGGGAUGCUAAAACUCCUUCAAAUGUGUCACGUGCGUUCAAUGGACGUGCUGCUACAGUACGUGCCACAGCUGGGGGGAACGAAAAUAAGCCUCGCUUCCGAUGGCUUUAGUCUCCCAGUAAAGAUCACCCGCGAACAAUCGUUAGUAAUAUCAGGUAGCUCGAACGACAACAGUCGCAUCAUACCGAUUGGCAAGUCCACCGAGGCGCAGCUAAGUGAAUCUUCCCACGUCGCAGGAAUAUAUCGCGAACCGAACCAACUGUCACCGUGGAUUAUAGUUGGUGUAGCUUUCGCCGUGUUCUUCGUCCUGCUGGCCGCGAUGCACGUAUUUCUGAGGGAGUUUGCGAUCAAACGUCGAUUGCGCCCCAACCAACAGGAGGAUCUUCAAGGAAUGGAUUCAUCGCAACAGCAGUGGAUUCCGUGCGACAACACACAACUGGCGUCAGCGAAUUCGUCUCUACAAGGCCAGCAGCAGUGAGCAGCUUGUAGAACGCUUUCUUUACAUUUUAGCUUAAGCAAACGGUUCUAGUGCCUUGUUCUGGCAAAGAUAUACGCAAAGAAACCAAAGUGAAAUCGCAUAACGAGAAUGAUAAUCAAUCUACAUACGCACAACAUAUUUAAAGGCGUAUUAGUGCAAGUAUUGUGAUAAAAUUAGCUUGAGGGAGAAAUACGUAUGGGGGAGGCUUAUUUUUGUACGGAAGUUUACCAGCCAUGGACCAGAUAAACGUAAACAAUUGUUAAGAUUAUAAAAUGGUCUGCAGUAGUGUUCAUGUCCAUAUUCAUGAAACGCAAAACCGGCCAUAUAAAUGUAGAAAUGCACAAUAUUUACGCCUUUAGGAGCAUAGAUAAUACAGCUCACGGAAAAAGCUCAGAUGAAAGGUGUAAACUGUAAUUGAAUACGAUGUUUGGUGAUAUUUUUCAUAUGCGGCCAGUUGGUUGUAUUUCAAAUUGAUUUUGGUUAUCUUUUUUUACUUUUAAGUUUCUCUGGCCAACUAUAGAU